UUCGCCCGCCCCGCCUUCCCGUGGCCCCGCCCAGGCCCGUCCCCCAGAGGGCUAUAAGUCCAAGUCCCAGCCGCGCAACAGUGGUCUGCACUGCUCAGUCGCCACCUUCCCGGACCCGCCGCUAGGAGACGAGGAACUUGGCCCGACCAUGGCCGAGGAGCUGGUCCUGGAGAGAUGUGACUUGCAGCUGGAGGUCAAUGGCCGUGACCACCGCACGGCCGACCUGUGCCGGGAGAAGCUGGUAUUGCGGCGGGGCCAGCCCUUCUGGUUGACACUGCACUUUGAGGGCCGUGGCUACGAGUCCAGUGUGGACACUCUCACCUUCAAUGCGUCAACAGGCCCAGCCCCCAGCGAGGAGGCCGGGACCAUGGCCCACUUCUCACUGUCUGGCGCUGUGGAGAGCGGAGCCUGGUCAGCCUCAGCAGUGGACCAGCAGGACAGCUCCCUCUCACUGCUGCUCAGCACUCCAGCUAAUGCCCCCAUCGGCUUGUACCACCUCAGCCUGGAAACCUCCACUGGCUACCAGGGCUCCAGCUUCUCCCUGGGCCACUUCACCCUGCUCUUCAACGCCUGGUGCCCAGCGGAUGCCGUCUAUGUGAACUCAGACCAGGAGCGGCAGGAGUACGUGCUCACCCAGCAGGGCUUCAUCUACCAGGGCUCGGCCAAGUUCAUCAAGAGCAUACCUUGGAACUUUGGGCAGUUUGAAGAUGGGAUCCUGGACGUUUGCCUGAUGCUCCUGGACCUCAACCCCAAGUUCCUGAAGAAUGCUGGCCGAGACUGCUCACGCCGCAGCAGCCCUGUCUACGUGGGCCGGGUGGUGAGCGGCAUGGUCAACUGCAAUGAUGACCAGGGUGUGUUGCUGGGGCGCUGGGACAACAACUAUGCAGAUGGCAUCAGCCCUAUGUCCUGGAUUGGCAGUGUGGACAUCCUGCGGCGCUGGAAGGACGAUGGAUGCCAGCGCGUCAAGUACGGCCAGUGCUGGGUCUUCGCUGCUGUGGCCUGCACAGUGCUGCGGUGCCUUGGUGUUCCUACCCGAGUUGUGACCAACUAUAACUCAGCCCAUGACCAGAACAGCAACCUGCUCAUCGAGUACUUCCGCAACGAAUUCGGGGAGAUCGAGGGGAACAAGAGCGAGAUGAUCUGGAACUUCCACUGCUGGGUGGAGUCGUGGAUGACCAGGCCGGACCUGGAGCCUGGGUACGAGGGGUGGCAGGCCCUGGACCCCACACCCCAGGAGAAGAGCGAAGGGACGUACUGCUGUGGCCCAGUCCCGGUUCGUGCCAUCAAGGAGGGUGACCUGAGCACCAAGUAUGACGCCCCUUUCGUGUUUGCGGAGGUCAACGCUGACGUGGUGGACUGGAUCCGGCAGGAGGAUGGGUCCAUGCACAAGUCUGUCAACCAUUCCCUGGUCGUGGGGCAGAAGAUCAGCACUAAGAGCGUGGGCCGAGAUGAGCGGGAGGACAUUACGUACACCUACAAGUACCCAGAGGGGUCUGAAGAGGAGAGGGAAGCUUUCACGAGGGCCAACCACCUGAAUAAACUGGAGAAGGAGGAGGCUAAGGAGGAAACAGGGGUGGACAUGCGCAUCCGUGUGGGCCAGAGCAUGAAUAUGGGCAGUGACUUCGACGUCUUCGCCUACAUUACCAACGGCACUGCGGAGAGCCGUGAAUGCCGCCUCCUACUCUGUGCACGCACUGUCAGCUACAAUGGGGUCCUGGGGCCCGAGUGCGGCACCAAGGACCUGCCAGACCUGACCCUGGAUCCCUUUUCAGAGCAGAGCAUUCCCCUGAACAUCCUCUAUGAAAAGUACCGUGACUGCCUGACCGAGUCCAACCUCAUCAAGGUGCGGGGCCUCCUCAUUGAGCCAGCAGCCAACAGCUACGUGCUGGCUGAGAGGGACCUCUACCUGGAGAAUCCAGAAAUCAAGAUCCGGGUCCUGGGGGAGCCCAAGGUGAACCGCAAGCUGGUGGCCGAGGUGUCCCUGAAGAAUCCGCUCCCCGUGGAGCUGCUGGGUUGUAUCUUCGUUGUGGAGGGUGCUGGCCUGACCAAGGAGCAGAAGUCCAUAGAGGUCCCAGACUCUGUGGAAGCAGGCGAGCUAGUGAAGGUGCGGGUAGACCUGCUGCCGACGGAACUAGGCCUCCACAAGCUGGUGGUGAACUUCGAGUGCGACAAGCUGAAGGCAGUGAAGGGCUAUCGGAACGUCAUCAUAGGCCCAGCUUAAAGGAGCCCUGUACCCACCUCAGCCUGCUGGAAGCCCCCAACCAGACCUGGUCUUUAUCCCAAGCUAAUGGGCAGAAUGGGCUGCUUAGGGCAGGGAUGGGCUGCAUGGGGGCCCUGUGGCACAGAAUGUGCUUCCCGCUCAUCUUGUCCCACUGAAUCGAGUCCCCCACCCUGUGCCAACAUGGAAUACUCUGUGGCAACAUGGUGCCAAUUCCGACCUAGGCUGACUGGAGCUGGGGUGGGAGAAGGGAUAGUUUCUCUCCCUGCCCAGCCCCAGGCCCUCCUGGAGAGCCACUGGCUACCCAGCUGUUCAGUCUGCUCCAUAGCCCCGUGGAGCAGGCCAGCACAGGACAGUGUGCACACUGGCUGGGCCAAGGAGCUCAGCUGCCCAGCGAUGUCCUGUACCUCUUGCCUAUGGCGCUCAGGCCCCGGCAGCCUUUUUAAGUGCCAAAGCCAGAAGGGGAUGGGGAACAUCCUGGCAGACAUGCCUGCCUGCCUGGUCCAGCUCCCCACCUGCCUAUUGUUGGAGCCCUGGCCCAGCAGCCUUCUCCCCACAUCUCCACUGGGAAGCGCCUCUGCACCAGGUAUCUCCUGUGCUUGCAGUGCUGGAAUGUAUAGGGCUCCUGGCUGGUUCGCUACCAUGAGGGCUGCAUCCUGGUGAGGAAGCUGAGGCUCGGAGCGGCCACUGCCCUCUCCACACUGGACUACUGGGGGUGCGUGGCACGUGCACAGCUAGAGUUAGGAAGGCCUGGGUCAGAGACACAGCCUCCUGGCUCAAGGCCAGCACUGCAUUUAUGACAGCAGCUCUGACCUGAGAAUGACCGAGAGGCCAUUGGGGGACUGACUGCAAAGGGCCCAGUGGGGGCCAGGAGGUAGGGAAGGAGCUGGUGGGCUUUGGGGGAACUGGGGAUCAGAACCCUCCCUGGGUUUGAACUCCAAGUCUUGUCAGAUUCUGCCUUUCCUUUUCUGGGCCUCAGUUUCCUCAUUAAUCCACUGGGUGACUGAAGUGGCACAUCUCCAGUGUGCUCUUGCCCCUAAGCCUCUGUGCCUUACAUGGCCGGUUUUGUGAAUAACCCCUGGGCCCAGGCCGUUUCCAAGAGGGAAGCCUGAUCACCAGCCAUCCUGCUCCCCACCUGCACCCAGGCCCCUCCCUGCAGAUCCGGGUGCUAGGGGAGGAGAACCAGUGCCUGCCCACACAAUGUCUAGCCAUCACAGGCGCCUCAGCUGCCUGCCUGGUCACUAACCAACAAAGCCAGUGCCCUCAUACCCCUCCUGCCCAGCCAGCGCCCUGGCACAGUCCGGCCCCGAGGAAGUGUGGGGAACACGUAGGUUAUCAUCUCUGAGUCUACCCUUGCAUGCUCUCUGUAUGACCAGGCCUCCCUCAGGCUGGACAGGAUGGGGCAGUCUCUACUGGGGGUGCAGGCACAGCCUCUGGGGCUCCUGAGAUCCCAGAGGGGCUUGGGGAAAAAUCACAUCAGUGCCUUUAAAACUCUCUGCUUUGCACAUAGAGAACCACAAGAUGAGCUGACCUGGGGGAUUUAUAUAAAUACUGCGCUGUUUCUCUGUAGAUUUAUAUAUACAUUUUCAGGUUUCCAGCAGGCAGUAGUUGUACUUUUGAAGCACAAGGAGCAAACACUGA